AUGGACCGGAGCAAAAGAAAUGCUAAUCGUGGGAGACAAAGAGAAGAAGUUCCGGGGGUUGCAAACUGGUCGGAGAUAUGUCCCGACUUGCUGAGAUGUGUUUUCAAACGCUUGAGUUUCACAUCUUUUAAUCGAGCUAAAUCGGUUUGUUCUUCGUGGCACUCUGCUUCGAGAGGCUGCGUCCCUAACCAAAAUCAGAUUCCAUGGCUGAUUCUCUUCCCUCCCAACGAGGAAGCCAUCAACAACAACAACAGUAGUUGUGUGUUAUUUGUUCCGGAGGAUCAAGACAAAGUUUACAGAAGUAGAGACCUUGGUGUUGACUUUGCCCAGAGUCGUUGUCUGACGACUUGUGGUAGCUGGCUCUUGUUGUUGAAUCCUCUUAUGCAUCUCUACAUUAUCAAUCCUUUAACUGCUGAGAAGAUUGAUCUACCCGAUACUCAAUCUUUUAGUUUAGGAUGCUUACAAUACGACCAAGCUUGUUUUCGGAUAGACAACAAAACCAAAGAUUACGGCCCUAAAGGAGACAACAAGUGGCACGACCUUCCUCCCUUCGAAUUUUAUGAAGAUUUUGUCUAUAAUCACAAAGAUCAAAAGCUCUACCUUCACAAUGAUCUUGUCGAUAUUUGGGACCUAUCAGGAGAUAAUCUACAAGAUGAUGAACUCUAUUGGGAAAAGUUACGUAACUUCAAAACACGUAUUGCAGUCACAGUGUCCGGAGAUAUUUUGAUGGUAUCAAGUAUAGUACAACACUGCAAAACAUGGUAUUUUCGCAUUUACAAGACGAACCAGGUGGGAGGCAAGUGGGUAAAAAUAGAUUCUUUGGGCGAUGAAGCAUUGAUCUAUGACAUGGGCAUCACCGUUAUCGCAAAUGGCAUCCCAGGGAUCAAAAGGAACUCUAUCUAUUUCAGUGGCGUUGAUCAUGGUGAAAAGGAUCCACACCACAUAUUUGUCUAUGAUCUCACCACCCAAAAGAUGCAACCUUUGCCACAAUGCGUCUUCUCUUCCUUACCAUUCUCUGAUGCUCGUUGGUUCUUCCCAUGA